AUGUCAGAAACUAGAGUGUUAGAUUUUCCACGAUACGCCCAUGUAGAAGGCCAUACUGACGUUUGUUACUCAGAAGAUGGAAAGUAAGUUCAAUUAAAUCUGCUACAAUUAAUAUUGAUUACUAUACCUAGUAAUAUAUUUUAAAAUCCAACAUCAUUAAUGUAAUGAUACUAAUUAUGAUGAAUACAAAUUUACAAUGACAGUUUAUGUUUAAAUAAAACAAUACAAUUAAUUUGAAUUUACAUGAGUCUGUUUAAUUUGCUGAACUGGGGCCACUGACUACUUCAGCUCAAUAGUAGAUAUUGUACUUGUACUCGAAACGUAACAGGUUAUUUAAAUACAGUAGAAUUCAUCACAUAUACUAGACUUCAUAAUUUCUGGUAAAUUAUUGCAAAUUUGAGAGCAGAUUUUUAAAAAUAUGUAUUAUAAUAAUAUAACUACCUAUAUAAUUAUAAAUUUAAAAAUAUUAAUACAAUAAAUGUCUAGGUACGAAUUUAGGACAUUUUGUCCUCGACUGUAGAAUAUUUCCUUCCUAAUCUUAGGACACUAAGUUUUGGAAAUUAUUAACCAUAUUACAUUAUGUCUAUUAUAUAUACAUAUAUUAUAAAAAGAAAAUAUAAUUACUUAAGAUUAAUAACUUGUAUUGAAUAGAAAAUUGGAUACUCGUCUAGUAUGCUACCUACCGUAGCUAUUUUAUUUUAUUGUGGAAAAGUACAUUUGAGUCAUUCCGAUAAAUAACAUAUAACAGUUCUACAAAAUUAUAGCUGAAUAGCCACUAUAAUAACUGAUAAAUAUCCACCAAGACCCACGAUAACUUACUUUUAAGUAUAUUAUUUUAGUCUUUAUUGUAUCUAUGUUGUUUUUAUUCGUGUAUGUGUAUUUUUUAUUUUAAAAUAAUAUAAUGAAUAAAUCAAUCUGCUAUUUGUACGGUAAUUUAAUAUCCAAUGAGGAAACGUGUGUUAAUUAUCAUCAAAAGAAAAACUUGCUGCCAGAACUUAGUAAUUAUUCCAGUAUAAAAGAUGGCUAGAUUAGGUUAAAUAAAUAAAUAAUUAAGUAAUACAUUUUUAUUAAUAUUGUUGUUAAUUUGUUAUUAAUCAAUAAUCAGUAGUUAAAUGUUUUUUGGUAGGUAGCAUACUAGACCAGUACUUAAGAUUGGCUUAUAGUUUUAUUAUUUAAAUUUGACCAGUAGUUUAAAAUAAUACCAAGGGACCAAAAGUCCUACGGUCUAUAUUGUGGGGACAAAAUGUUUAUUCAUUAAUAUUUGUAGCCUUUAAGUAAUGCUUAUGUUGAUGGUAGGAAAAUAGAUACAUAUUAUGUUAACAGUAAAUAAGGUUUAAAUAAUUGUAAUGGUUUUACAAGUUUUCUAUAUUAUUUUUAAAUAUUUAUUCAAACAAAUGUAUUACAUUUAUAUUAUCUUAUUAGAUACUUAAUUACUUGUGGCCAAGAUGGAGAUAUUAGGAUAUGGAACGGUAUUGAAGAUGGUGAUCCUAUUGCAAAAUGUGUUGGAAGCGAAGCAUUUGCUGUACAUCAAAAAGUAAUAUUAAUAUUUUAUACGUAAUAGGUGGUAAACUUAAUCUGUUAAUAAUUUAUUAUUCACCUAUAUCUUGUUGCUUUUUUAGAAGUAAGAAGUCCAACUAAUUAUACUUAUUUUAGGAUGAUGUAUUGUAUGUUGGUGAUGAUCAUCACACACUGGAAGUUUAUACAUUUCCAGGUGCUGAGUUAAUAGAUACAUUAACUAGAUUUACUGCUGCAGUAUGCUGUUUUGAUUCAUCCAAAGACGGUCAACUAAUUGCUGCUGGCGGAUGGUUAUAUACUAACAAUAAAGUUAAAUUAAACAUCGUAUUUAUUUUUAUAUUUAAUUUCAGUGAUUCAACUAUCCAGGUCAUAAAUAAAAAUACUAAAAGUAUAUUAAAUUUCAACAGUCAUAAAAGUCCAAUUUUAUCUGUCAAGUUAGAUCCACUAUCUAAAUUUUUGGUAGGUAAAAAAAUACUGAACAUUUUCUUUAUUAUUAAGGUUGUUAAUAAGUUAAUUAAAUUAACUAAUUAAUAUUUGAUUUCCUAUUAAAGACUAAUUUUAAGUUAUGAACUUUUAUAUACUCAAUUUGUUAAGGUGUCAUCAAGUUGUGAUGGAACAGUAAAAAUAUGGAGUUUGGAAACAAAAUCAAUAGUAAAUGAAUGGACUAACGUAAUCCCAUCAAGUAACGCCUUCCAACAUUCUAAGAUUAAAUGUACACCAGCAUGGGAUCCUAAAGAUGGAAAUUUACUAGCCAUACCUUUUACAAAAGAAAUAAAACUAUUUCAAAGAGGUUUAUGGAGAGAACUUUUUACAUUACAUGAUUAUCGAUUAUCUGAACAGGUAAUUGUAUUCAUUCAUUAAUUAAUAAAUAUUACUAUUAGAAUCUAUACUUAAUUUUUAAAUUCAAAGUGAAGCAAAGAAUUUAUUGGAUUUACUUAUGAUGUAUUGGUUUUAGUGUGAUGUUUAUUUUAUUUUUUUUCUAAUCUGUAUAACUUACUACCAAAAAUUUUGCUCAGAUUUCUAUGUUAACUUUUUUUCUGAAAGGUAAUUUUUUGAUUUUACUAAAGGUUUUCAUAUUAAAUGGGAAAAUUUAUGAAAAUAGAUUUAUUAUAUUAUUUUCAAAUCGUAAAUAAGUAAUAUGUAAUAUCAAAACAUGUGUAACCAAACUCCGCUCAGAAUAAUUUUUCGUUAUCAAUGAUUAAUCAUUGUGUAUAGGUAUACAUUAAAUUUCAUCCUUACCUAACUAACUUUUCACCUACAACCGUGCAAAGUAUGUUCGUAACUUUUUUUUUCUGUCAGUGAACCCCUUUUCUACCACAAAUCUUACAUCAAUCAAAAAAUUACAAAAAUCCUUUUUUUGUUGCAUUUUGAUUCUAAUUGAUACAUUCUAAAAGUCUUUUCAUAGUAAUUGAGAAAAAACUUGUAGGAAAAACAACCAAAUAUUUACAAAGUUUUAACGAUUUCAUUAUUUUAAAAUUUUUUAUCGGAAAUUUUGUAAUGUAGAAACUUUCUCUGAAAGAAUAUUUUGUCAUGUUGUUAUGUUAAAAAAAUCAAUUUAAUUUUUAAUUUUCUGUGUAGUUUGCUUAUUGUUAAAAACUAAAAAAAUGAAACAUUUUGUGGCAUUAACAAUUUCAUUGUUUUAUAUUUUAUAUUUUUGUUGUUAUUCAGUUAAUAAUAAUCAUAUAUACCUGUAAUUUUCACAGAAUGUUUAUAUUAGCCUUUUUUAGACAUUCUAAAGUAUUAAGAAUAUUCUUAAUCGUAAAAUGAAGUGCAUUGGGCACUCCACCCUCCCUACACCUGCCCCUAGUUUUUUUAAAAGCAUUUUAAGAUUUUUCCACCUAUAAUAGUGUUGGUUUAAACUGUAAGUAUAGUUUAAACCUACAUAAUUCAAUAACAUUUAAUUUUUUUUUUUUUUUUUUUUGUGAUACAUAUUAAAAGAAAUGUGUGUUAUUUAGAAAAUUAUAUUGUUAUUUAUUUGAUUUACUCAUAAAAUAAAUGUAUUUAUAUUGUUAUUGUAGGAGAUUACUGUUAUGAAUUGGUCAAACUGUGGAAGAUAUAUUGCUGCUGGUACAAAUAUGGGAUUUAUUUUAGCAUGGAAUAUAUCGUCCAAAGUAAUUGUAUUACACGCAGAGUGUAAGGAACACUUUUCUAUACGAAGUUUAGUCUGGAGUCCUAAAAAUGGAGAAAAUACCUUAGCCUAUUGUGAUGAUCAUGGUCAAUUAGGUUUAGUUGAAAAUGCUUGUUCUGAAGAUGACUUCUAUAAUGAUACAGAUGAGGUAAAAAGAAAUAAUAUUCAGUCAGGAAAAAAACAUUUUCAUUUGGAUAUAAUACAUUAAAUUAUCAAGAAAUGAACUUGAACAUAAUCAAAGUUACACCAAGGAGUAGCAUUGCCUCACUGGCCGGAAUAUACCUAUAGGUUAAAUUAAAUAAUGAAAAUUCACAAAACAUCUUGUUGAUAUUUUCAUCAUAAUGGUUGUUAUUUAUUGUUAUAGCAGGUGAUCCAUUAAAGUAGUUUCACUCAUUAUCUCGGAAAGUAUUAACUUUUUCCAGAAUUUGUAUUUUAGAACAUUUAAGAUACAAGCUGCUCUAGAAUUUUAUAUUUGUUAUUUUUUGUCACCCUUAUUUUUGGAGGUAAAACCACUAUCUACUUAUGAUUUUCAAAUGACAACCUAUAUUAAAAAUUCCAUAAAUAGAUGGAUUAUUAGUUAAUAUAAUUUUUAGUGAUGAAAUUUUUGAUUUCUAUCAAUCAAAUUUUGGUGGUAUAUUUCGCUUUUAAGUUUGGGUUGGAAGAGAGUAUUGGAUUAUUAUUUGUGUAGCAUUAAGGCGCCCAACAUGUUAAUAGUGCACCACUACUUUCCUUCAAUCCAUACUUAAAAGUGAAGUAUCUCAUCAAUGGCUUGCCAGAAAUCAAAAAUGUUAACAAUAAAAUUAAUUUUUACUAAUACUCCAUCUAAGAACUUUUAAAUAUAGGAUGCCAUCUUAAAAUCAAAAUUAGGUAGUGAUUUUACCACCAAAAAUAAAGGUGACAAAAUAUAACAUAAAAAUAAAAUUAUAGAUAUGUUUAGUUUGUGAGAUAUGAUAGAUUUUUUAUUACAAUUGUAUUGUAAUAAAAUUUUGGCCAUUGAAAUUUGAUAAGUGUGCUACAGCUUCACAUAUGAAUACAAAUUUAUCUUUGGGUACUGUGCUAUCUUCUAAACCAUUAUUUGAAACCAUGUGUAGAUAUGGGUCUCAUACAACAACGUACCUAUGUUACUUUUCGAAGGUAUAAAUCUAAUUGCAUUUCAGGAACUUCCAAAGGGAGAGGGAGUUUUAGGUAAUUUCUAGAAAAUUAUGUAAAGAACUGUCGGCACACACCACUCUAAUUAUGGUAUUUAAUAUUAUUUUUAAUAAUUAUAAUAUAAAAGAAAAUAACCAUACAAAAUUGAAUGCACUUUUUAAUUUUUAUAAUUUAAAAAUCUAAUUUUCUAUGUUCUUUGCCAGAUCAUCUACCUCUUCCUCAGCUGUUAAUAGAGCCCCUCCAUGAAUGGCUAACAUUCUAAGCCCAUUAAGCUUGGUCUAAACAGUUAAACAGGUACACUAUAGUACUAUAGGUAUUAAUAAAUUUAACCAUACUUUCUGUUUCUAAAUUAAAUUCAAAAGAGGUACCUCUGUCAUUUUCUUUGCAAAUAACUUUUAAGUCUUUUAAAAGACUAAGUCUCUCCGGAUUUACAGUAGAAACUGGUAGAGUACACAGUAUUUUUAUUAGGUGAUAGAUAUUUGGGAACAUUUCUUCAUUACAUGCUCAUAAUGUUUUUAAUGCAUUUUUUAUAUUUUCCUUAUUUCGAUGCAAUUUUGUAUGUCUUAAUUGUAAUUCAGCUUUUUCAAUUUCUAUAUUACAAUCAAGAUAAAACUGGACCAGUUCAUCAGAUUCUUUAGAGUAUGUUUUAGAAAAUAAACACCCAAAUCUUAAGAAAAAAACCUUUUCCUAGGACGUCUUUUUAUUAUUUACCUAACUUAAAAAAGGCUUUAACUACUAAGCAUCUAUGCAGAUAGUAAAAUCGCAUAAAAAUAAAAUUCUUUGACUAUUUAUCUAUAUUUUACCAUAAAUAACAAAAUUAAGGUACAUAGUUUUACAAAAAUAAAUAGAGUACAGACAUGAUAAUUAAGUUAAUGAUACAAAAUUGCAAUAACUAAAGAUAUAAAUAUACAUAAAGAACAUAAAAUCUAAAAUAAGAAAAUAUGGGUCCUCAUUGACUAAUUUUAUCAUUCUAAAGAGAGGAUGUUUAGACAUGUAACUGGUUGAUAAAAAUAGAAUAAAGAAAGAAUAUACAGAGCGGAAGUUUAAAACAGGGUUAUGAAAGUCAACAGCCUGCAGCAAUUAAGUUUUACUUAUUUUGCAUAAGCAUUGCUUUUAUAUGUUACCCGGUAGUUGAACUGAGACAGUAGAACGGUAUAACAUUCUCUUAACCAAUCUAUCUACAAAUUUCCCAGUUCUGAGGAAUUAUUGGCUAACUUUUUUAUGAUCUCAAGUUGUAUUAUAAGAUAUUUUUCUUUUUUAAUUUGCUCAUAAGAGAUUUACUAUAAAUUAAACCCGAGUUGUACAAUUGAAAUUCUGUGGUAUAUGUAGUAUAAUUUUGUCUGUUUAGGUAUAUUUAGGCUCAUUAUAUCAAAAAAUAUAUAUGUUAGUAAUACAUUUUUAAAAUUAAUAGAUAUUUUAUAAUUUCAACAAAUUUUAAUUUACUGUUUUUUUUGUCUUCAAAAAUAUGAAAAGCUACAAAUAAGAAAUACAAAGGUUAAGUUAAAUUAACCAUUACCUAUUUUUAAUUUUUUUAAAUAGUAAAAUUGACUUCUAUUUAUGUAAUAAUUAUGUUUAUCCUGAAACAUUAAAUUAUAUACUGUUAUCAUAAUAAAUUAUUAUUUAUCUAAAUGUUAUUUAAUUUUCAGAUAAAUAAUGUUGAGCCAAACAUAUUACUGACAGAUGAAGAAUCAGGUGACAAUGUAAUAUCACUAGAGAAAAUAAAAAGUGAAUCUGGAUUUAGUAGUCAACUUGGUUUCAAAGCAUAUAAUGAUGAUAAUGCUAUUGAUAUUGAUGAUGAAAAUAGUAAUUUAUCAUUAAAAUGUAUUCCUCAAACUUUAAUUCCAACUGUGAAUUUACAAAAUCCAUUCCAACCUUGUUCAACACCAGUUCACCUUCAAAGACGGUUCAUGGUAUUUUAUUUGUUAUUAGUUAAGUACUCAUAUUUUUAUUAUCUAUCAUUUAACAUACUAAAUAAUAUUUAAGAUUUUUAACGAUGUUGGCUAUGCUCGACAAACCAACACUGAAGAUGAAAAUGUAAUUGAUGUAGAUUUCCAUGAUAACACAAUCCAUCAUGCAUUUCGCAUAAAAAAUGUACUGGAGCAUACUAUUGCUGCUUUGUGUCAAGAAGCUCUGGUUUUGGGUUGUGAAAGUCAAGAUACCACACCUAGGUAUUUAAUGUAAAAUAUUGUUAAAAAAUUAAUAGUUAUUAUUAAUGAAAAUUUGAAUAGCAAAAUGGUUUGUAUACUAUUAAAUCCAUGGGAUGGAAAACGUGAAUGGACUAUUGACUUGCCUGAUAAUGAAGACAUCUGUGGAUUAGCAGUAACUGCUGAUUGGAUUUCUGUAGCUACAUCAAUGCGUUUUCUAAGGUUGUUUACUCUUAGUGGAGUACAACGAGAAAUAGUUUCCAUACCUGGGCCUAUAGUAGCUAUAAAUGGAACUAGAAACCGUUUAGUUGUUGUGCACCAUUGUGGAACACGUGCGUAUUUAUACUUUAUGUAGUGAAUUCAAAUAUUUAUUUAUAGCUAUCAAAUUUGUAAUUUAUAUUUUUUUAGCUUUACCUAGUGAACAAAAUUUGAGGUAUUGUGUUUAUAAAAUUGAUAAUGAAAUUGAAUCAAUUUAUUCUGGUUAUGUACCUUUAACUCCAAAAUCAACUCUUAGAUGGGUUGGUUUCUCUGACUAUGGAUCUCUUUGCACCCUAGACUCUGUUGGUACCCUACAAAUGUUACUUAAAACCUAUUGGACUCCCUUAUGUUAUAUAGACUCUGCGGUAAUAAUAAAUUUUUAGUUAGUUGUAGUUUAAAUGUUAUACAUUUUAUUAUUUAAUAAAUAUAUCUUUUCUUAUUUUUGUUAGUGGAAAGACUCAACAAAUCAUUAUUUUGUAAUUGGUGUCAGUGAAGCACGUCAAGAUGUGCGAUGCAUUCUUUGUAAAGGAUCUUAUUAUCCCUCUACAACACCUCAUCCUUUCUUAAAUGAAAUAUCGUGGCAGGUGAUUUUUUCUAUUAUUUAAUAAAUUAUCCCAGGGGUUUAAUUUUGUAAUUAAUAUUUUAGAUCCCAUUAUGUGAUAUUACUCAAGAAAAAAGUGAAUUGGAAGACAAAUUUUGGAGAUCCCAUAUAUCUCUGUCAAUUUUACCUGAAAAAGAUGGAUCACAAUAUGAUAAAGAAUUAAAAACUACCUUCUUAAAACUCUUUGCUGUAAGUAUGAAAUUUAUUUUUUCAAAAUCAAUUAAUUAUACUACUAUAUACUGAUUUGUGCAGAUGGCCUGUAAGAGUGGUCAUGAUAUGAGAGCUGUAGAACUUUGUAAACUUAUAAAAUCUGAGCAGACAUUAAAUUUAGCUUUAAAAUAUACUAUGCUUGCUGGUAAUACCAGUUUAGCAGAGAAGAUAACAACAAUUAUAGAGAAUGAAACAAAUGCAGAAAACGAAUUAUUAGAACCACUAAUGCAGCCAUAUUCUAAAACAUUGUAUAAUAAACCAUCAACUUCGUAUAAGUAAGUUUCAUUUGUAUGAUUUUUAACUAUUCAAAUUAAACUGUAAAAAUAUAAAUACUAAUUAUGUUGAUUCUUCUUCUUUACCUUCAUCCCAUUUGGAUCUGGCACUAAUGUUCUAAAUUCUCGCUUGACCCAAUUACCUCACAUGCUCUGGUUGUUCUUGAGUGUCCUCAUAUCAUUCUUCAUAUUCUUUAAUAAAAAAAAGAAUGACAUUAACUGAUUCUAAAAAAAAUUUGACUGGUCAAAAGCCCAACCCUACUAUAAAUAAAAUAUAACAUCUUAAUAAACUAAAGGAUAUACUAAACACUGAAUAUAUUGAUAAAAAUAUAAACUCAUACAUUAUUAUAUAAUAUUAAUAAAAAUUUUAAAUUUUUAAAUAGCACGAGUACAAGCAGUGUUUCUCAACAAUCACAGGAUUUGUUUUCAGAAAAAUACACUACAAAUAAUGAUAACAGCAAUAUUGAAGGUACAAUUUUAAUUUCCUUAUAAUUACCCUCUUACACGAUUGAUUUCGUUAUUGAUAGAAACCUAAACAUAAUCAGUGAAAAUUAUUGGAAUUUUGAAAACAUUAAAAAUAAAACUAUCUCAAAAAAGAUUUAAUUACUCUUACGAUUCAUGGUUGUAAAGAGCUUAAAAAAAACUUAAGAAAACAAUAAGGUCUCUAAAAUAACUAACAAAUAUACAUUAAAUGGUAAAUUGAAAAUGCAUGUCUUUAUCGCCAGUUAGAAGUGUACAGUUUAUUUUGAUCCAAAUUAGUAUCUUAUCAAGUGCCACCGGUCACAAAACCUUUUGAACUUCCCAGGAACCGAUUAUGUUAACCAGAAUUAAUGCUAGGAACCUUCCAUUGCAAAGCAUUUUUUUCUUUUCCAGGAAUAUCCCACUUUGAUGUUCAAAUUAAAGACCAUUAGCUAUUUGUGUGGUUCCCCUAUCCUAAUUUAACUGUGGAAUAUUUCACCAACAGGUUGAUAAAAAUUAAAAGUUUCAAUACUACAAUGAGUUUAAAAUUAAAACCUUAUUAGUUUUUGAAACUAUUAAUGUAGAUUGAUUUGAAAUCAAAAGUAGAAUUGUUGUUACCUUUGAAAAUAUUAUUGAAAAAAUUAAGGAAAAUAUAACAUUUUAGAAUAUAUGAUUCAAAAAAGUCUUUUGACAAGUCAUUUUUUGAAAAAUAAGUAUUUCAUGGAAAAACUGAUUGUGUAACAAAAUCUGUAAGACUACAAUUCUGUUAUCUUUUUAAUAAAAUUAAUUGUCCAUAGAAUCAUCAAGUAUUAUAGCUACAAUGAAAAAGAAAAAGGAUAUUGAACUAAUGAAUGAUUCUAAUGAUUUAGACCGAGCUUUUAAUCCAUUCCAAAAACGAUCUGAAGCACAGGCUAAUAUUUCUAUUGAUUCUCCUUUACCAUUAAAUCAAGUAAUUUAUUACUUCUACUGAAUAAUUAUUUAACAAAUAUCCAUUAAGUAAAUAGACACUUAAUGGACAUUUGUUAGUCACUAAAAAAUACUGUAAAAAUAAAUGCUGAUAUUUAAUAUAUUUUGUUAUUAUUUUAGACUACAGACUCCACAUCUUUAAAUAACAAAAAAAGAAAAUCUAAUUUGCAUAACAGUACAGAAAACAUUGAUUCAACAAAUAAAACAAAAAAACCCAAAGGUGUUUCCAAACUAUCAUCUUUUGUUUUUAAAAAAUAA